AUGGUCGGCGCGACGAUCGGAGCGGGCGUGGGACCCCUUGAAGGUCUGCACGGCCUGGUCCUCGAUGCUCUGGUUUCGGUGCGCAUGGUCACAGCCUCGGGCCAGUUGGUCACGGCAUCUGAUGACGAGAACGGGGAUCUCUUCUGGGCCGUCCGCGGCGCGGGGGCCAACUUCGGCAUCAUAACCUCUGCCACUUAUCGGGUUCACAACCACACCAACGGCGGCCAGGCCGUGAACGCGGACUUCAUCUUCCCGCCGGCCGCCAACGUCUCGCUGUUUGAGGUGCUGAAGUCCUGGGACGAUGACGAUGUUUUCCCGCAGAAUCUCGGCCUGGAGAUUGCGGCGUCUUUCAACCACACGAGUCAACUGCCCAACCUCGACGCCAACUUCAUCUUCUACGGCACCCAAGAAGCCGCCCAGCCGUACCUGGACAAGCUGAUCGCGCUGAACCCCCUCCGGUACCAAAACCUCACCGUCGGCUGGAACAACCUCACCAACGUGGCAGGCUUCGGCCACGCCUCGGGCGUCUGCGCCCGGGGCGACUACACCACCCACUACAGCCUCGGCGCGAAUCGAACCGACGUUGCCACCUUCUCGGCCUUUUUCGACAACUUCACCGCCUUCUCGGCGGCGAACCCCUGGUUCGAUGGCUCGUUCGCUCUCGAGCGCUACAACACCAAGGCCGCGCUGGCGGUGCCGGAAAGCGAACGGGGAGUCUAUCCGUGGCGGGACAUCAAAACGCUAGUCAUCUUCGAAAACGUCUACCCAAACUCCAGCCACGACGCCGCCGUCGCCGCCUUCUACGGCCCCGUCCGGCGCGCUUUCCAGGCCGUCAGCGGCUUCGCCGUGCCCCACGUCUACGUCAACUACGGGUACGGCGACGAGGGGCCCGCGGCCUGGUACGGGGCGCACAACCUGCCGAGGCUGAGCGCUUUGAAGCGCAAGUGGGAUCCGAGGGGUUAUUUCGGCGCGGGGAAUCCGGUGCCGUUGUCUUGGGAGGGGGAGGGGGAGGGGGCAUUAAUUAGAUAA